CCUGUCCCAGUACUGUGGCGCAAACCCAGCCUUUCCCCAAGGCGGCGCACCCGGCCCUGGCACCUGGCGCGGUGCAAAACUCCUUCCCUGAGCCAUGGAUGCGGUGGAACUUGCCAGAAGGUUACAAGAGGAGGCCACAUGUUCCAUCUGCCUCGACUACUUCACUGAUCCUGUGAUGACCGCCUGUGGUCACAACUUCUGCAGAGAAUGCAUCCAGAUGAGCUGGGAGAAGGGCAAGGGCAAGAAAGGGAAGAAGCAGCAGAAGAGCUCCUUCCCCUGCCCCGAGUGCAGGGAGAUGUCCCCCCAGAGGAACCUGAGGCCCAACCGCCUCCUGACAAAGGUGGCCGAGAUGGCCCGCCAGCACCCUGGGCUGCAGAAGCGAGACCUGUGCCAGGCGCACCAAGAGCCCCUUAAGCUGUUCUGCCAGGAUGACAAGAGCCCCAUCUGUGUGGUCUGCAGGGAGGCCCAAGAACACCGGCUGCAUCGGGUGCUGCCUGUGGAUGAGGCUGCAAGGGACUAUAAGGUGAAGCUGGAGGAAGACAUAAGGUAUUUUCGGGAGGAGAUGGUCAAGACAGAGUCACUACAAGCCAAGGAAGAACAGAGCUUAAUUGAGUGGCAGGAGAAGGUGAAAGAGCGGAGAGAGCGUGUCCUGGAGGAGUUCCAGAAGGUGGUCCUGUUCCUUGUGGAAGAAGAGCGCAGGCUUCUCCUGGUCCUGAAGAAGGAGGAGGACAAUAUCUUAGGGAGGCUGCAGGACAGCAGAACCUCCCUGGAUCACCAGAGCCGCUCCCUGGACCGGCUCCUGCUGCAGCUGGAGGAGCAGAGCCAGCAGGAGCCCCUGCAGAUGCUGCAGGAUAUGAAGGACACCUUGACCAGGAAGGAGAGCCUCAGUUUGCAGUACCCAGAUGUGGUCCUCCCCGUGGCUAUCAAGACUGUGUGCAGAGUUCCAGGACAGAUAGAGGUGCUCAAAAGUUUCCAAGAGGACGUGGUGCCGGACCCCAACUCAGCGUACCCCUAUCUCCUCCUGUACGAGAGCCGCCAGAGGCGAUACCUGAGCCCACCACCAGAGGGCACCGCCCCCUACAGCAAGGACCGCUUCGUGGCCUACCCCUGCGCCGUGGGACAGAAGAGCUUCUCCUCUGGACGGCACUACUGGGAAGUGGGCAUGAAUCUCACCGGGGAUGCACUCUGGGCCUUGGGCGUGUGCAGGGACAACGUGAGCCGGAAGGACAGGGUGCUUAAGUCCCCGGAAAAUGGGUUCUGGGUAGUGCAGCUAUCCAAAGGGAAGAGGCACUUGUCCCUGUUACCCGACUCCACUCAGGUCACACUCACGGAGCCUCCCACCCACAUGGGCAUCUUCCUGGACUUCCAGGCCGGGGAGGUGUCCUUCUACAGCGUGAACGAUGGGUCCCACUUGCACAGCUUCUCCCAGGCUGCCUUCCCUGGGCCGCUCCUGCCGUUCUUCUGCCUGGGAGCUCCAAAGUCAGGCCAGAUGGUCAUCUCCACAGUGACCAUGUGGGUGAAGGGAUAGAGGCUUGGACCCAGGCAUAGUAGUCACUGGGCGUGCCCUGGCUCCCCAGAAGGCAGGGCGCUUCACCACCGUGGCUACCUACCCAGGCUUUCUCUGGGGCGCUAAGAGCCAACACCUGUGCUGGCAGGGCAACUUCCCGAAAUACAAUCACGAUUAAAAUGCUCAAAUACGAACCAACGUUUGAGAAGAUACUAAAUAGGGGUAACUUUGGAAAGAGUCCCGGCAUUUCCGAGUGAACUAUAUAUUUCUAAAUAUAUACCUGCUCACUGGGCAAGUUGGUCUUCCGUUUUGUUAGCUUUGUCCCGCCCCAAAAGCUUGCCAGUAUCUUGGUUCCUCGUGCCCUUGGGCCAUCCGGUCCUUCAUAGAGAAAGUGGAGCCCCACCUCGCCCCACCUUAAGAUAAUUAGGGAGGGCGCCUCUCCCCUUCCUCCACGUACCGGUUCCUAACACUCACAACUCCGAAGAACCCCUCACUUCCCAUUCCUGUUACAAGUUAGUGGCACCCCGGGACUCGAGUGAGUGGCAAGGGCCCAUUUCCGAAGCGGUUUCCACUGGGAGCCUUCUGCGUCUCAUUUCCCAUCCCGGAUCACUCAGGUCUGCCCCCAGGCAUGUGGGUGGGUGCGUUGGAGGUGUCUUAGCGACAACUGUCCAGGGGUGCUGUGGACACUGGGGCACGGCCAACUUCAUUGCCCACCCCUUGGGUGUUUCCAUGCACUCAAGGUCAUCCUGUGCCUCAAUACUCCUCGAGGUCCCUUUCUGGACCUGCGGCCACGGUUUGCAGCCCGCGGGGCCUGGUGGAGCGGGGGGACA